AUGUACAACAGAGCGAUCACUUUUGGUUUGCAGGAGUUCAUCGAAGCGUGGUCGUUUUAUACGUUUCUCAAAGAGGGAACUUUGUUGCGUUUGGAUGAAAUUGCAUUGGGAUUGAAAUUCGAUAUGCCUCAUGAAGGGGGCGAUGUGGAGAAGAAUGAAGGGGAGAGGUAUUAUUUAUCAUUCAUAUUGUUGGUUCUUUAUUAUUUAGUUUAUGGCAUUAUAUUCGUGUUAUUUGUAUCUUUGUUCUACUGGACGUCAUAA